CUUGCGGAAGGUCACUAAUUUUGGAGCCCAACAUCGCCAAAGCCGCCGUCACGCUGCAAAGAUGCCAAGGGAAAUCAUUACGGUCCAGGCCGGACAAUGCGGCAACAGCAUUGGAAGCCAAUUCUGGCAGCAGCUUUGUCAGGAGCAUGGCAUCAACCAGGACGGAAACCUCGAAGACUUCGCUACUGAAGGUGGCGAUCGCAAAGACGUCUUUUACUACCAGAGUGACGACACACGAUACAUUCCGCGGGCUAUCUUGGUUGAUCUAGAGCCAAGGGUCAUACAAGGCAUUCAAAGUGGCCCCUACAAAAAUAUCUACAACCCCGAGAACUUUUACGUCGGCAAGAAUGGAGUUGGUGCUGCGAACAACUGGGGUGACGGUUAUCAGACUGGCGAAGUGGUCUACGAAGACAUCAUGGAGAUGAUCGACCGCGAGGCCGAUGGUAGCGACUCUCUAGAAGGCUUCAUGAUGCUGCAUUCUAUCGCGGGAGGUACUGGCUCUGGCCUGGGCUCAUUCCUCCUCGAGCGGCUCAACGACCGGUUCCCUAAAAAGAUCAUCCAAACAUACUCCGUCUUCCCUGAUACCACAAACGCAGGCGAUGUUGUCGUCCACCCUUACAACAGUGUUCUCGCCAUGAGAAGGUUAACGCAAAACGCCGACUCGGUAGUGGUACUGGACAAUGGAGCUCUAUCACGCAUCGCAGCCGACAGAUUACACGUUCAGGAGCCCUCGUUUGCUCAAACAAAUCAACUGGUGUCGACCGUCAUGUCAGCAAGUACCACAACUCUCAGGUACCCAGGUUACAUGCACAACGAUCUGGUCAGCAUUCUUGCCUCGUUGAUUCCCACGCCCCGCUGCCAUUUCUUGAUGACGGCAUACACACCAUUCACAGGCGAUCAGGUAGAGCAGGCCAAGACGGUGCGAAAGACGACUGUAUUGGACGUCAUGCGAAGACUGCUGCAGCCCAAGAACCGCAUGGUCUCUACUCAACCGGGAAAGAAGAGCUGCUACAUUUCUAUUCUGAACGUCAUCCAGGGCGAAGUGGAUCCGACAGAUGUCCACAAGAGUUUGCUGAGAAUCCGGGAACGACGACUGGCGACCUUUAUUCCAUGGGGACCGGCCAGCAUUCAAGUGGCCCUCACAAAGCGGAGCCCCUACAUCCCAAUGGCCCACCGUGUCAGUGGAUUGAUGCUGGCAAACCACACCAGUAUCGCAACUCUCUUCAAGAGAAUUCUAAGACAAUACGACGGUAUGCGGAAGCGUAAUGCCUUCAUGGAGGGUUACAAGAAGACGGCGCCUUUUGCUGAGAAUCUGGAUGAAUUCGACGAGGCCCGCGAGGUUGUGUCAGACCUGAUCCAAGAAUAUGAGGCAGCGGAGGAUUCCGACUACCUGAACCCCGACACCGGCGACAAGGCGACUUCAGCUGAAACAGACAAGAGAAUGGGCUAGAAUGAUCGCGUGUGGUAGUGGCAGAAGGGAAGGAUUAGCAGUUGGCACAGGGCUGGGAGAUGACAGGGGUGGAUCAUAACGUCAACAUGGUCAUGACGGC